AAUCCCUCUACCCAAUUAAUGGAACAACAAGCGCUCGGUCAGACGAUGGAAGUUCUCCUCAAAUUCUGCUGCAACGACCUUUUGUUUACUUCGGACAGUCCUAUAACCAGAUUUAUGUGAACCACAACGGACAUCUGACCUUCGAUGCACCAUGGUCUAGUUUUUCACCUCAAAGGUUUCCAAUGUAUGGAUCCAGAGACAUCAUUGCUCCAUUCUGGACAGAUUUAGACAACAGAGGAAAUGGUGAGAUCUACUACAACCAAUACACCAGCGGCAGUGUUCUCCAACAAGCUACUCAAGACAUCAAUGAGUACUUCCCAGGGUUGAACUUCCAUGCCGCCUGGGUGUUUGUUGCAACAUGGUAUGAGGUGGCCUACUAUCCAGUGACUGGAACACAAACAACCAUCCAAGCAGUCUUGAUCUCUGGUGGCCAAUACUCAUUUGUGCUGAUGAACUAUGGGAUAAUAGCUUUUACAACUCGCUAUGUACAGGCUGGAUAUGACACAGUCAACUCUGCUCACCAUUUCUCCAUCCCUGGAUCAUUCUCGAGCAAUGCAACAGGCAAUAACUCAAAUUUCCACCUGAGCAGCAAUGUGAAUGUACCUGGACGCUGGGCUUUCCGGUUAGACCAUGGAUCAAGAGGCUGCACUUUUAAUGUCUUCUUUUCUCCCAUCUCCCCUACGUUCAUUGUCUUUCCUUGCCUCACCUCAUCUGCCCCUCCUCUCCUUUUACUUGACUCUCCUCACCGAGUGGAGGAUUUGCUUGCUGAUCCUGAUCCCACACACAAAAGGAGGGUGGAUAAUCAGCUUCCUCUCUCAUCCGGCCUGAAUCGGUCCUCUUCAGAAUUCCCACAUGAUGCCAUGCCUUCCGAAAGCGGACUGUUAGCCAUUAUCCCUCAUCUACUCAGCCACUCAUCCCUAAUCUUUGGCUCCCUUAUCCCUGCUCCUUUUGGUUUCCGCGCUUCCACAUCCAGCAGUCGCAGGAUGGACGUGAUUCAGUCUGAGAUGAGGAUACCGUUUUGA